AUGAGGCGCCCCGGCCGCUCAGAUCCGGUGCGGGCGGAGCUGCGGCCGGACCGGGCUGGCACCGGCACAGCCCCGGCCCCGCGGGAUCCCGCUCCGCCUCUGCCCCGGUACCGGCCCGGGGUCCCGGCCAUGCCCGGCUCCCGCUGCCCGGCGCUGCCGGUCCUGCGCUGGCUCCCGCGGUAUUCCCGGGCCUGGCUGCCGCUGGACGUGCUGGCGGGGCUGGCCGUGGGACUGACCACCGUGCCCCAGGCGCUGGCCUACGCCGAGCUGGCCGGGCUGCCGCUGCAGUACGGCCUCUAUUCCUCCUUCAUGGGCUGCUUCGUCUACUGCUUCCUGGGCACGGCCAAGGACGUGACGCUGGGUCCCACGGCCAUCAUGUCCCUGCUGGUCUCCUCAUACGCCUUCCACGAGCCCGUCCAUGCCGUUCUCCUCGCCUUCCUCUCUGGCUGCAUUCAGCUGGCCAUGGGGCUCCUGCACCUCGGAUUCCUUCUGGAUUUCAUUUCCUGCCCUGUCAUUAAAGGGUUUACAUCAGCUGCUUCUGUCACCAUUAGCUUCAACCAGAUCAAGAACAUCCUGGGGCUGCAGGGGAUCCCGAGGCAGUUCUUCCUGCAGGUCUAUGAGACGCUGCAGAGGAUCGGGGAGACCAGGGCUGGGGACGCUGUGCUGGGGCUGAGCUGCCUGGCUGCGCUGGCAGGGCUCCGGGCCAUGAAGAGCCACCUGCCUCGAGCCUCCCCUGCAGAGCCACUGGCUGUCAGGAUCAGCUACCUGAUUGUGUGGAUCUGUGCCACAGCACGCAAUGCUCUCGUUGUCCUGUUUGCCGGCCUGGUGGCUUACUCCUUCCAGGUGAUGGGCUCCCAGCCCUUCCGGCUCACUGGCAGCAUCCCGCAGGGCCUCCCCGCCUUCCGGCCGCCACGCUUCUCCCUGGCAGCGCCCAACGGCACCGUCCCCUUCCAGAGCAUGCUGCAGGACAUGGGGGUCGGGCUGGCCGUGGUGCCGCUCAUGGGGCUGCUGGAGACCGUGGCCAUCGCCAAGGCUUUCGCCUCGCAGAAUGGUUACAGGAUUGACCCCAACCAGGAGCUGCUGGCUCUGGGCGUCGCCAAUGUCCUGGGCUCCUUCGUCUCCUCCUAUCCCAUCACGGGCAGCUUUGGCCGGACGGCGGUGAAUGCUCAGUCAGGGGUCUGCACCCCCGCGGGAGGGCUCGUCACAGGUGCCCUGGUCCUGCUGUCCCUGGCGUACUUCACCUCUCUCUUCUAUUACAUCCCCAAAGCGGCGCUGGCCGCUGUCAUCAUCUCGGCCGUGGUGCCCAUGUUCGACGCUGGCAUCUUCCGCACGCUCUGGCGGGUUAAGAGGCUGGACCUUGUGCCCCUCUGUGUAACAUUCCUGCUCUGCUUCUGGGAGGUUCAGUAUGGAAUCGUGGCUGGGGUGCUGGUUUCUGGGAUUCUCCUGCUCUACUCCCUUGCCAGGCCCCCAAUAAAGGUGUCGGAGGGGGCGGUGCUGCUGGUCCAGCCGGGGAGCAGCCUGCACUUCCCAGCCGUGGAGCACCUGCGGGACUCGGUGUGCAGCCGUGCUCUGGCAGCAUCUCCACCACGCUCCGUCAUCCUGGACUGUAGCCACAUCAGCAGCGUUGAUUACACGGUGGUGGUGGGGCUGGCAGAGCUGCUGCAGGAGCUGCGCAGGCACGGCCUCUCGCUGGCCUUCUGUGGCCUGAAGGACCCUGUUCUCCAAGUCCUCCUGUCUGCAGACUUAGAAGGAUUCCAGCAUUUCCCCAGCUGGGAGGAGGCAGAGCGGAGCAGGGGAGCGGAGCUGGGGGGCAGCUGGCAGAGCCCUUCACCAGCACUGCCGAGAGCACCGGGCUCAUCCAGUGACACGAGCUUGGGCUGAAUGUGCUGGGACACCCCAGGGACACCAACAACACUCCGUGGGAACCACCUGCCCCAGCCAGGCCUCCUGGACACCGAGAGCAGCGCCAGCCCAACCCCACACGGGCGGGGGGACAAAACUGUGCCCUCUCACAGUGACCAGUGCAAAGCCCUCCUUCCUCCAGGGAGCUGCUGCUGUUUUUUAAAGAACUGUUUUAAUUCUGGACCCUUUUCAUGCUCUGGGCCGCUCCAGUGAUGACUCAGCGCGAGCUUUCGUCAAACUUAUUUCAGGGCUGCUCGUGCUGCCCUCCAUGUGGACAUGGGGGCUCAGCCUCCGGCUGCUGGGAGAGGGAAAACAACUGGGAUUGUGCUCCCCACUGAUUUUUAUCCUUACUUAUUCUUAUCUUUUUUAUCCUUGUCUGUGGGGUGUUGUGCCAAACCGUGUCCAGGCUCAGGGCUGGGCUGUCACCCUGGGGUGCAGCCCCUGGCGUGGGCCCUGCCGAGGGGACAGGCACGGUGGCACCAGGCUGUGCCCAGCUGUGCCAUGGGGCCAGCACCUGCUGGGCAAUUCAGUUCCCCUGAACAGCCCUCGGGCGACGGCGAGGGUGUAAUAAAUGAGAAAUUGCUAAUGA